AACAGAGGAAAAAAUACCUUGAGAAUACAGGUAAUGAUUAAUCUAUCAGGCACAAGAAGGGUCACAAAGGGGAUUUCAGGUUCUAACUCGUUAAUUCAAACAAAUAACAGUGGACAGGGAAUGGCAGUUCCACCAGAAGAGGAUUAAAUCACAGUCUCUAAUUGGGACAGCACUUGUACAGUCAGAGAUUCUCUCCAGACAUCUCCAGGAAUCUGUGAGCAGUUGUCAAAACUUCCAUUUUCGUGUGCAGGUGAAGGUGAGGAACAGAACAGGCAGGUAUCAGUAGAAAGAAGAGCCCAAAGAGAACCCCCAAAAUGCAACCUGAGAAGAAAAAGAAGGGGAAAAGCCUCAAGCAGAGACUGAUCCUGAAGAGCAGCUUAGUGAAAGAAACACUCUCUGAGUUCUUGGGCACGCUCAUCAUGGUCGUUCUUGGAUGUGGCUCUGUUGCCCAAGCUGUCCUCAGUCGAGGACACUUUGGAGGAAUCGUCACUGUCAAUGUUGGAUUUGCGAUGGCAGUUGUAAUGGCCAUUUAUGUGACUGGAGGUGUCUCUGGUGGCCACAUCAACCCAGCUGUGUCUUUGGCAAUGUGUCUCUUUGGACGAAUGAAAUGGUCCAAAUUGCCAUUUUAUGUUGGAGCCCAGUUCCUGGGGGCCUUUGCGGGAGCUGCAAUCCUGUUUGGCAUUUACUAUGAUGCACUUACGAACUUUGCUGGUGGAAAAUUGCUCACUGUGGGAGAAAAUGCAACAGCACACAUUUUUGCAACAUACCCAGCUCCAUAUCUAUCUCUGGUGAAUGCGUUUAUAGACCAAGUGGUGGCCACCAUGUUCCUCCUCCUCGUUGUCUUUGCCAUUUUCGACUCCAGAAACUUAGGAGUCCCCAGAGGCCUAGAGCCCAUUGUCAUUGGCCUCCUGAUUAUUGUCAUUGCUUCUUCUUUGGGACUGAACAGUGGCUGUGCCAUGAACCCAGCUCGAGAUCUGAGUCCCAGACUUUUCACUGCCUUGGCAGGAUGGGGAUUUGAGGUCUUCACAGCUGGAAAUAACUUCUGGUGGAUUCCUGUAGUGGGCCCUUUGGUUGGUGGUGUCAUUGGAGGUCUCAUCUAUGUUCUUGUCAUUGAAAUCCACCAUCCAGAGCCCGAUCCAGACUUCAAGACAGAACUAUCUGAGGACAAACCAGAGAAAUGUGAACUUAGUGUUAUCAUGUAGCGGCAUGCUCAGUUCUGAAUCUCCAAUUGGCUUGGGAUUCUCUUCAGAAAAGAUGGCAUCCAAGCAUCUGUGUUUUUGUAAGACUGAGGUGGAAUCCAUGGAAGCCACCCAAUUUUAUCUGUUAGCCACAUGGAACACCUAGCUGGAAAAGCCAAGUGAAGGACUGGAAACACUGACCUCAUCUCUACCAGCUCCCACAACCCCCAGAAUAGCACUGAUUGUCC